UUCAAGUUCAUAAAUAUGGCUGCCACCGGUGUCGGACAGCAAUCAUUGAAUGUGGAAAAUAUUUUCAAAACUUUAAGCUAUGGACCAGCACCAGAAGCAGACAAUGUUGCAAAGGCUUGGCUGGAUGAUCACAAAAGAGAUUUUGGUCAUUUCAUUGGUGGAAAGUGGCAUAAACCUGAUGGAAGAAAAUCUUACCAGACAAAAAACCCUGCUACAGGUGAAGUGUUAGCCUCUACUGUCCAGGGUGAAGAUGAAGAUGUAGAUUUUGCUGUUAAAACAGCCAAAAAGGCUUUCGAGUCGUGGAGUAAAACUCCACCACAUGUGAGGGCCCGACAUCUCUAUAGCAUUGCUCGCCAUGUCCAGAAACAUCAGCGACUAAUUAGUGUUAUAGAAUCAAUGGACAAUGGAAAGCCAAUUCGAGAAAGCCGAGAUGCAGAUAUUCCACUUGUAGUUCGACAUUUCUACCACCACGCUGGCUGGGCCCAGCUCAUGGACACGGAAAUGAGAGGCUGGAAACCUCUUGGUGUUGUUGCUGGAAUUGUUCCCUGGAACUUCCCUCUUAUGUUACUGACAUGGAAGGUGUGUCCAGCCUUGGCUAUGGGAAACACGGUUGUCCUGAAGCCGGCAACAUACACACGCCUCUCUGCCCUGUUAUUUGCUGAGAUCUGUGCAGAGGCAGGACUUCCACCAGGAGUGUUCAAUGUCGUUACAGGAGGCGGAGCCUUUGGCAGCAAACUGGCAUGUCAUCCUGAUGUAGACAAGGUGGCAUUUACUGGAUCCACUGAAGUUGGACAAAUACUGCGCCAUGUGACUGCUGGCACCGGUAAGAAGCUGUCUCUAGAGCUGGGAGGAAAAUCGCCUGUCAUCGUGUUUGAGACGGCUGAUCUCGACAGUGUGGUAGAAGGACUGGUCGAAGCUAUUUGGUUUAACCAAGGACAAGUGUGCAGUGCUGGAUCUCGGCUGUUGGCCCAAGAGACCAUAUUUGAUAAAUUAAUUCUUAAACUGAAAGAACGACUAACGCACUUCCGUAUUGGUGACAGUCUUGACAAGACCAUAGACAUGGGCGCCAUUGUUGAUGAAUCUCAGAAGUCAUCCAUUGAGGACUAUGUGGAGAGUGCCAGGAACGAAGGUGCUGAGGUGUAUCAAGCUGCUGCGUGUGUCCCAGCUAAAGGUUGUUACUUCCCACCUACGCUGAUUACAAAUGUCCAGACAGUGUCUCGGGUGGUGGUUGAGGAGAUCUUUGGACCUGUAUUGGUAGCUUUGCCAUUCCGUACAGCAAAAGAAGCGGUUUCUCUUGCCAAUAACACUGUGUUUGGUCUUGGUGCCAGUGUGUGGACGGAGAAUAUCGGCCUGGCUAUGGAAGUGGCGAUCAGUGUGAAGGCUGGCGCCGUGUGGGUCAACAGCCACAACAUGUUUGAUGCUGCAGCAGGCUUUGGGGGUUACAAGCACAGUGGGUAUGGAAGAGAUGGUGGUAAAGAGGGUUUGUUUGAGUAUGUGAGACCUGCCUGGGAAGAAAGAGCACGGCCUGGUCCACUGGAGGUCAAUCUAAAGACAUUUGGUUCUACUGUUCCGCCCCGACCAACAGUCGCAGACAAUGAUGUGAAAAGCAUCUCUGUGGAUGGCAUGGCAAUGCCAAGCAUUGACCGGACGUACAAGUUGUACUAUGGUGGUGCCCAGAAGCGGCCUGAUGGGCAGUAUUCCCGUCCUGUUAUCAGUCCAUCUGGGAAGGUGGUUGGCCACGUGGGUGACGGAAACCGGAAAGAUGUCAGAAAUGCUGUUGAGGCUGCCCAUGGUGCAGCUCCAGGGUGGGGGAAGCGAGCAGCUCACAAUCGAGCACAGAUUGUGUACUACAUGGCCGAGAAUCUGGAGGUGCGGAGAGAGGAAAUCGGUGAGCGUAUCAGUAACAUGACUGGGAAAUCAUUGGACGACAGUCGAGCAGAGGUUGAUCUGGCCAUUCAGAGACUCUUCUACUGGGGAGCCUAUUGUGACAAAUAUGGUGGGACCGUACAGGAGACCACUCUGUACGGUGCGACAAUCAAGAUCCAUGAGCCAGUUGGUGUGAUUGGGAUCGCCUGUCCCGACAAUUACCCUCUGCUUGGCUUCGUCUCACUCUUCUCACCAGCUGUGAUUCGUGGCAAUACUGUCGUCAUUAUUCCAAGUGAAAAAUACCCACUUGUAGCCUUAGAUUUCUACCAGGUGUUUGACACGUCAGACCUGCCCGGUGGUGUUGUUAACAUCCUGACUGGUGACCGUGAUCACCUGACUAAAUACCUCACUGAGCACCAGGACGUGCAGGCUAUGUGGUAUUUCGGCUCUGCUGAGGGCUCCAAGUUCGUCGAACACUUUUCUGCGGACAACCUCAAGAGGACGUGGGUCAACUACGGGACAGCUCGGGACUGGACCAAACCUGAACAGGGGCAAGGGGAGGAAUUCCUGUAUCAUUCAGUUGAAUGCAAGAAUAUCUGGAUUCCAAUGGGAGAUAUAUUCGCUAAUUAAUUACCAUAUCUAACCAGAAAUAGGCCCAUAUCUAUAUGUAAACAAAUAAAAUAAAAUAAAUUUAAAUAGAUUAAUUUAUAAAAAAAAAAAAAUCCCUAGUUCAUUUAAAAAAAAAAGAAGAAGAAGAAAAAUGGUCCCUUGUCUGGGAAUAGAGUUCAUAAAGUGUUGUUUUGGGCCCCUGGGUUAUUCCCAGGUAAAUACGGUAAUUACAAAUUAAAAAUCUAGUCAAUACACUUACCAUCCUCA